GCGGCGGUUUUGGCGCGCUUUCCGUCCGCCCUCACGAAAGGCCGCCCUGAUGGCGGCGGCUCUGGACAACUGGCUCCGCACCGAGAUGGAGCUGCAGCCCCCCGCCGUCCCCCCCCCGGCCGUGCUCCGCAGACUCUGCUCCGGCCCCGGGGCCCCGGUUUGGGAAUUCAUCAUCCGCCACGUCAAGAACUCCAGGAACGUGAAGAAGAUUCGGGGGAACCUGCUCUGGUACCAACAGGAGCUCGAGACCGCGGUUAGUCCUCCGGGCCGCCAGGGGGCGCUGCGCGAGGCGGUGUCGCGCAUGCGCGCCGAGGUGCGGCGCAUGGACCAGGCGCUAGGGGGCGCUCAGGAGGCGGCGCUGCGGCUCGAGGAGUCGCUGAGGGCGGGGCAGAGCCGCUUGUGGGCGGAGCGUCGCCGGGGGGCGGAGCUUCGCCUGCUGGGGGCAGAGCUGGCACCAGAGGGGCUGCGGGGCCUCCAGGGGGCACUGAGGGUGCCCCGGGACAGGCCCCACCGCACAAGGGUGGAACUUUCAGCUGCCAUGGCAAUGGGGGCGGAGCCUGAGGUGCUGGCCUCGAUCCGGAGCCUGUGCAUGAGCAGGGAGGGGGAGGAGUUCCUGGAGCCCCGUCCACCAAACAGGGAUCCACAGGAGCUCCGCAAGGAUUGGCUGGAAAAGGCUGAGGCCGAGCUGGACCGGUACCACCCCGAGGAGGUUCUGUGGGCAUUGGAGGCUCUGGCCAAUCACAGCACGAGGUGGGCGUGGCCUCUCCCCGCCCCUUCACCUGAGGCUCCACCCACCACAAAGGAGCUCAUCCAGGAGUGUUGGAUGCUCGUGGGGGGGAUUUGGGGGUCGUUGCCCCCCCUCAUUUUCCAACUCAACCAACUCCAGCGGAGCCUCAACGAGCUGGUCCCAAAACUGGGGGGGGACCCCAACAUCAGGCUGGCCCUGACCCGGGCGUAUCUGGGGGGGGUCCGGGGGUCCCUGACUCGGAGGGUGCAGGAGCUGAGGGGGGGUCUGGGGGACCCCCAAACCCCUCCCCUGGGGGUGCUCCGGCAGCGCCUGCGGCGGGGGAGGCGCAGAGUGCUCCAGCGGCAGCGGCGGCUGCGGCUCCUCAGCGCCGCCACCAGGGGGCGCCAAGCGCUGCUGCGGAUCCUGCAGGGCCAGGUCCGUUCGGCAGCGGGGGCGGGGCCCAGCUCGGCCCCUCCCCUGCUGGAGAGGGAGGGGUGUCGCCGGCGCCUCGCACUGGGAGCACUGGGAGCACUGGGAGAGCCCCUCCCCCACCCGGGCCCCUCCCCCCUCGACUCUCUGAGGCGGAGCCUGGGAUUGGGCCCCGAGCAGGUGGGACCUCCCCGCCCAGCACAUCCAGGCCACGCCCCCCGGCCGCAUCCCGUUCUCCCAUUGGCUGGAGCGCUGGAGGGGGGCGGUGCUGGCCUUGGCCACGCCCACACCAGAAGAAGAGGAGGAGCCAGCGGAGCCCCGCCCAUGAGGGGGGAGAAGGUUCUGGUUGUCAAUAAAGGUGUUGCAGAUGAGGGGGUGUGGCCUGAUGGGGCGUGGCCUGAUGGGGUGUGGUCGGGGCAGGGCUUGAGGAGAGACCCAAAGUGUCCCCAGUCCCUCCCAGUUCCCCCCAGUGCUCCCAGUAACCUCCCAGUGCUCCCAGUAACCCCCCUGUGCCCCCCAGCGCUCCCAGUAACUCUCAAAUCCCCCCCGGGACCCCCAAAUUCCCCCCCAGGGACACAAAAUCACCCCCCAAAGACCCCCCCAAAUAUUCCAAGACCCUCCUCAGGGUGUGGGAAGGGGGUCCCAGAGAUCCAAGGGGGUCCCAAAUGUUGGGGGGGGUCUCAGGUAUUUGGGGGUGUCUGGGGGGGUCACCUGUGGGUGCUGGGGGGGGCCCAGGUGAGUUUUUUGGGGGGGUCUCAGGUGUGUUUGGGACAUCAGGUCUACCCAGGUAACGGGGUACGGGGAGGGGCAGAUUUUGGGGGGUCCCCGGGGUGUCUGGGGGGGUCCCAGAGAUCCGGGGGGGCCCAAAUUUUGGGGGGGGUCCGAGGGAUCCGGGGGGGUUUGGGGGCAGGGGGGUCCUAUUUUUGGGGCCCCAGUGCCCCAGCCCCGCCCGUUCCUUUGCUCAGCAAUUAACGGGGGGGGCGGGACCAGA